UAUCAGCUAGUUACCUUGCCAGCCACAAACUGACAAAAGGAUAGAAUUCGAACAUUAACAUAAGUGUGUAAAUAAAAUUGCAAGAAGAUAAGAUAAGAUCGAUGGAGCAGAAGCUUUCUUCAGUAGCGAAAACGCUAACAAGUUCACCCAUACAACAACUUUCUUAUCUUGCCGAAAGACGCAAUGCCGUCAACCUCGCCGAAGGUUUCCCUGAUUUCCCUGCACCUUCCUACCUUAAAGACGCUGCCAUUUCCGCUAUCUGCUCUGACUUCAAUCAGUACAGGCAUGUUCAAGCAAUAUGUGAUUACCUCGCUUAUCAACUCAAACAAAUGCAUGGCCUAGAUGUCGAUCCCCUCACUGAUAUCGUCGUAUGUUGUGGUCAAUCUGAGGCUUUUGCUGCCGCAAUGUUUGCAAUAAUAAACCAGGGUGAUGAAGUCAUCUUAUUCGAUCCAUCCUAUGAAACAUAUGAAACAUGCAUUAGGUUGGCUGGCGGGGUCCCAGUGUAUGUAGCACUUGAUCCCCCUUAUUGGAGUCUGGAUCCAAAUAAACUAGCAAAGUCAUUUACUGUCAGGACAAAAGCUAUUGUCCUCAACAGCCCUCACAAUCCAACUGGAAAGGUUUUCACAAAGGAUGAGCUUGAGAUUAUUGCUGGAGCUUGCCGGACCUGGGAUAUUCUAGUUGUAACAGAUGAGGUAUAUGAACAUAUAACAUUUGAUGGGGAGAGGCACACAUCAGUUGCCACAUUUCCAGGAAUGCAGAAGCGGACCAUCAUCACAUCUUCCUUGUCAAAAAGUUUUAGUGUGACUGGUUGGAGGAUUGGCUGGGCAAUAUGCCCAGCUUACUUUGCAUCUGCAAUCAGGAACAUCCAUGUUAAAAUUACAGACUCUGCUCCUGCACCUUUCCAGGAAGCUGCCUUGACAGCUUUGAGAAGUUCCCCCGAGUACUUUUAUGCAUUGAGACAAGACUAUAAAUCAAAAAGAGAUUACUUGGCUCAGGUGCUUACAAAAGUUGGUUUCCAGGUCUCCGUCAUGCCUAGGGGUUCCUUUUUCCUAUUCAUGGAGCUUCCCCGGACAUGCACACUUUCUGAUGUUGACUUUGUGGAGGAAUUGAUUAAACAAGCUGGGGUGGUUGCUGUACCGGGCUGUGUAUUCUUCCACACCAAUUCCUCAAAACUAGAGGACCUUUCUCUGACGGCUAUUAGCUACCACAGAAGAUAUAUCAGGUUUGCGUUCUGCAAAAGUGAGGAAACAUUAGCUGCUGCUUCACAAAAGCUAACCGAGCUCAUCGAUGGUUCAGGGGGACUAAAGCUAUUUUAAUUAAAUUGGCUUGUUUGGAUUAGCCUUUCCAAUCCACGUCCAUGAGAAGUGGGAGCUUCAAGUUGGUUAGAGGCAACAAUAGAAUUAAGAUGGAUCUGUUUAUUCUUUGUCCCCACCCUGGAAUGACGUUGAUAAACGUAAGUUUCAUGAAAAGAAAAUCAAUUCAUUUUCUCGA